AUGCACAACUCGUGUCGUUUCACAUAUUUCGAUUCUCCUGAAUUCUUAACUCUAGCCUUCCACACCACAAGCCUCAUCGAAACUCCAAUUCAUUGCCUAGGAUUCUACUGUAUUUUAUGGAAAACUCCUGAACAAAUGAAAAGUGUCAAGUGGUACAUGUUCACGUUGCACACGUGGAUCCUCUUGUUCGACUAUUCGUUGAGCCUACUCACCGCACCGUUUGUCCUGGUUAAUGAAGGUGCUGGGUACCCGCUUGGCUUAUCAAAAUACACAAAUGUUCCGGAAGUGUUUCAGUUUAUGAUAGUCAUUGAUUUUGCCACAAAUAUGGCGAUUUCUAUCGAUUCGAUUUUCGAAAACCGAUUCUACAUUAUUUGCACAUUUUCCUGGAAGCAUCACUGGAAAUUUUGGAGGCGUGUAUGGCUUGCAGCCCACUAUAUUCUUCUUAUUGUCCUACUAAGUGUUAUCCCAUUUUUGGUACCCGAUCAGAAUAUUGCAGUGAAAAAACUUUUUCAGAACAUUCCCUGCCUACCGAAACAUUUUUUGGAGGCGCCGAUUUUUGUGGUUGCUGACGAUAAGACUUAUCAUAUGAUAGCUGCGGUAUUCCAUAUCGCACUGAUAUGUUUCGAAGUAUUUCUUUUCGUCGUAUUUUUGAUCAGAAACAGCGCGAAGCAGCUGAAGGAAAAGACAAUGUCGCAGAAAACAUUUGAACUUCAAAAGCGAUUUUUCAUCGCUCUAGUUAUUCAAAUAAGCAUUCCAUUGGCUUGCUUCAUAUUUCCACUGGCUUUUGCUGCAUUUUCAGUUAUCAUUGGUUAUUCCAAUCAGGCAGUCACUAACGUUCUAGUUGUGACAAUUGCAUCUCAUGGUAUUGUGUCAACAAUUGCGAUGCUUUUGCUUCAUAAGCCUUAUCGAAAUGCGGUAAAAGAGAUUUGGAAUCGGCCAUUUGGAAAAUCUGCUGAUGUUUCACAAAACCAAGGGAGGAACCUUUUUAUUGCUCCACGAGUUUAAUUUUUUUUGCAAUUUUUUUUUUUGAAAAGUAAAGUUACUAGAUUGCCGGUUUUACAAAUAAAUUUUCAAUAAUUUUC